CUCUUGUGUGAAUUGCUUCCAGAGCGGAGCAGACUUUAGUUUUUGUUUUUUCUUCUCUCCCUAAAACAAAUUAUUAAAAGAGAACAGGAAACAGGAGUUGGGGAGCAGAAUAAACAGCGGCCUGUGAGAAAUUGUGUCAUUUCCUGCAGACCAAACUACACAUUUCUAAUAAUCCCUACUCAUCCCUUCCACAAACAAAGGAGCAAGCAGAAGCUGAAAAAUGAGGGAGAAGACAAGGAGCGUUUGAGAAGCCAGAUGUUACAAGAGGACAGCUGACUCCGUCAAAAGAUAGACAUGGAUGUGUAAUUGGUAGCAGAAGAGACAAGACAUUUCCACAAUGAACUGGACAUUAACACUUCGUCUGGCAGUCUUGUUGGCUGUAUGGAUAAUUUGUGCUUCUGACACUUCUCAGGGGAUCAAUAAGCAUAGUAGAGCCUUUCGUAGAAGAACAAUACCUAAUCAGAGACAAUAUCUCCAUUUAUCUAAAAAUCAAAGUAAUUAUGUAAAUAAAGACUCAAAUAAGAGGAACUUGUCACAAAUUAUGCUGAGUGAUGAGGGUCAGCCUCAUGAUAAAAAGGUUAACCCACAGCAAAGGCCUGUUUUUAGACAAGCGCAGGCUAGAAUGUUAAAGGAUGACAGUGCAACCUCUGCACGUUCUAGAACAGCACGAUUCCCUUCGGCUUCAAAUUCCCCAAAUAUCCUUGCUAGUUUCGCUGGGAAAAACAGAGUCUGGAUUAUCUCUGCUCCACAUGCAUCUGAUGGAUAUUAUCGCCUAAUGAUGAGCCUCCUUAAAAAUGAUGUGUAUUGUGAACUUGCUGAAAGACAUAUUCAACAGAUUGUCAUAUUCCAUGAGGAAGGAGAAGAAGGAGGCAAAAUCAGACGAAUUACUAAUGAGGGAAAGAUAUUAGAACAGCGGCUGGAUCCAUCAAUCGUUCCCAAAAUGAUGACUUCUCUAAAACUGGAAAAAGGAAAAUUUGGUAUGGUUCUUCUUAAAAAGACUUUACAAGUUGAAGAAAGAUAUCCUUAUCCUGUGCGUCUAGAAGCUAUGUAUGAAGUUGUUGACCAAAGUCCUAUAAGAAAAAUAGAAAAACUUAGGCAAAAAGGCUUUGUACAAAAAUGUAAAGCAGCUGGAGUUGAGGGACAGGUAUCUGAAGAAGGAGAGAGUAGUAGUAGCAGUGGAAGUAGUGGAGGGGUUAGCAGCAGCAGCACUAGUAGUACAAGGGUUGUGAAACCUACUCAAGCCAGUGGCACUGUCCAAAUCACAUUUAAGAAGGAAGAACCGAAGAGAAAUCUAGUUCCUACAAGGUCCACUAGGGUCAGAGCUACAAGAAAGCCUCUUAUAGUACCAGCAACACCUUCACCUACACCCAAAGCCACAACCUUACCUCCUCCAACAAAGGCAACUAUACGCAUAUUAACUACAGCAACAAGGCCACCCACAACACCACCUACAACAGUCCCUCCCACAACUCAGAAACCAUGGACUACAAAAUUUUAUGCCACUCCUGAGGCUCACAGAAUGCAUGUUCAAGCUGAAGUAACAACGAGAGAUCCUGAAACAGCAGGACAUUACUUUCCUGUGAGAACAGAUAAACACAAAGAUAGACAGCAUGUGCAGACAGGAAAGCACUUUGCUACGACAAGCAAAACAAACAAACCAAUGGUCCAUGAGUCCCACACAGAUGCUCCCGUUAUUUCAGCAACCACAACAGAGCACUAUACAAAAGAAAACACAGGGCGGUUUGGGGAUAACCGCACAGAUAGAAAGGACCAUAGUUCUCAUGAUAUAAUUCCAAGUCAAAAGAAACCUAUAAAAACCAAGCCACCUAAGAAAAAAGGGGUGGAGAAAAUUUUAAAUAAUGAAUACGAAGACAAAUUUGACCUUGGUAAACCCACAACGCCACUGGUGGAAGAGGUGGUAGAGGAAGCAAACAUUCCACCAAAGAAAGGAAAAGAACAGAGAAAGGAGGAAAAACCUGAGAAAGCCGAAAAGAAAAAAAAGAAAGCUGAAAAAGUGGAGAAACCCCCCAAGAAAGAUAAACCAGCUAAAAAAGAUAAGACAGAUAAAAAGAUCAAGACAGAAAAAGACCGAACUAAGAAGAACAAGAAAGUUGUCAAAGCAGAGGAUGACAUUUUCACAAAGCCAGAGAAGAAAAUUCAUACAGAAAGUCUGCGAAGGUCAUUGCCAGCAUUCUUGGAUAAUUUUGAAGGCAAACGAAGACUGUUGCUCAUUACUACACCAAAAGAAGACAACAACAUGUAUUCACAACAGCGAGAUGAGUACCUUGAGACAGUUUGUGAAAUGGCCGUACGAAAAAUCUCAAUUAUCACCAUUUCUGGUACUUUAACAAACAGCACUAUGAAAAUUGACCACUUCCAACUAGACAAUGAGAAGCCUAUGAAGGUAAUUGGAGAUGAUGAUUUGCUGGACCAUGAACUCAUUACAGAAUUAAGGAAAGAAUAUGGCAUGACCUAUAAUGAUUUCUUCAUGGUGCUAACAGACUUAGAUAUGAGGGUUAAGCAAUACUAUGAAGUGCCCAUUGCUAUGAAGUCAGUGUUUGACCUCGUUGAUACAUUCCAGUCAAGGAUCAAAGAAAUGGAAAAGCAAAAAAGAGAUGGGAUUACUUGUAAGAGGGAAGACAAAACAAGGUCUUUGGAAAGUUUCCUGUCGAGAUUCCGCUGGAGAAGAAGACUGCUCAUUAUAUCUGCUCCUAAUGAUGAAGAGUGGGCAUAUCAACAUCAGCUUUAUGCACUUAGUGGACAAGCUUGUAAUAUGGGACUGCGACACAUGGCCAUUUUGAAAAUGGUUGGCAUUGGUGUUGAUGGAAGUGGUGUUUUGGAACUCUACCCAAUCAAUGGAAGCUCCAGUGUUGAGAGAGAAGAUCUUUCCUUUAACUUGGUGAAAGACAUAAGAAAUUAUUUUCAAGUCAGCCCCGAAUAUUUCUCCAUGCUUCUGGUUGGCAAAGAUGGCAACGUAAAAUCUUGGUACCCUUCACCCAUGUGGUCUAUGGCAAUUGUCUAUGAUCUAAUUGACUCGAUGCAGCUCAGACGACAGGAAAUGGCUAUUCAACAGUCACUGGGAAUGCGUUGCCCAGAAGAUGAAUAUGGAGGAUAUGGUUACCAUGGUUACCCUCACCAGGGAUAUGAGGAUGGCUAUCAGGAUGAUUAUCGACACCAUGAGGGACACUACCAUAGAUAUCAUGACUAACACUUAUUUGGCUAAGACUGAUAUUUUUAAUAAAAAUCUGAAUAUGUAAAUGACAAGUUUCAGAAUGUGGUAUAUAGUUUUACCAUAUAUGUUUUAAGAAAAUGGUUCAAACAAAGACUGCUCUGUCUUCUCUUUAUUUCUUUCUUAUGAAGAUAUUUUUUGUAUGUAUUUAUUUAAAAAUGCUACAGACUCAACAUUGACUGUUUGCUAAGUAGGCCAUAAGCAUUUUUUAUCUGGUGUCAAAUUAAACAGACAUUUGUUGGCUUCAACAGCCCCUCAGAUAUUAAAAAAUAACUCCCAUGUAUUUACUCUUUUUAACAGUUUAAGAUUUUUUUUUUUCCAAAUAAGACUUUACUAUAUUACACCAUUAUGCCAC